CUCCGUAAGUCUACCCUGAGGGGCCUCCCCAUACCUGGCGUUGCGGAGCGACUUGUCGUGAAGCUCUUCGCGGACGACACCACCGUGUUCUUGAGCGAGGAUGAUGACUACGAGGAUGUCCAGGAGAUAUGCUCGACCUGGUGCAGAGCGUCGAGAGCCCGUUUCAACGUGGAGAAGACGGAAAUCUUACCGAUCGGAACGGCGGAAUACAGGGCGGGGGUGAUUGCGACGCGCAAACUGCGCCCCGACGCCUCGCAGAUCUCGCGCGGGGUUAACAUAGUCAAGGACGGCGCGUCGAUACGCUCCCUGGGGGCGUGGAUUGGCAACGGCGCAAAUCAGAGCACGCCGUGGCGCCCCAUACUGGAGAAGAUCAAAUCAAACCUCGAGAAGUGGAGCAGAGGCAGGCCCUCCCUAAAUGGGAGACGGCUCAUCGUCAACAUGGAGGUGGGGGGACGCUCACAAUUCCUGACGAUGGCACAAGGCAUGCCGGAGAGCAUAUGUAAAAGUGUUGUGAGCACUGUGGCCCGUUUUGUGUGGGGCGGGGACGCCCACCCGAGGAUCUCGAGGGAACAGCUG